AUGUAUCGGAACGCUGUAUUAAGGCACUGGGUCUUAGUCGGGCUCCUGGCCGGAUUCUCAUUUUCGGCAUUUCUUCAAUCACUCACGAUCAAGUCUCGAGUUUCUGAUCACUCGCUACAAGUAAAAGCUCAUAUUCUAGGAAAAAUCACAUCAACGCUGGCAAGGGAAAACAUCGAUGCAUCUGCGCUUGAGAUCUUCAAUGGGAUUCCGCUUGCAGACACUGAAUUCAGUUGCCUACUAGGCACCGAUUCUGUAUGGGCUAUUUUAACCGGCAACAGGAAGCUGGAUGCGCAAGGCAACAUAAUAGCUAUUUCAACAAUCUUUGGAUGGGUUAUCACAUCGAUUGCGUAUCAAAAUCCAUCAAUCACCACGUCAUUUUUGUCUACAGUCGAUAUCCAUGCUACUCUACAAAGGUUUUGGGAAAUCGAGGACUCCCAAAUCACCACUCACCAUGAUCCAGAAAAUGUUAAGGUUGAAGAGCAUUUUCAAACCACGCACUCACGCGACUCCAAGGGAAGAUACACCGUAGAGCUUCCAUUCAAGGAUGCAGAUCCACAAUUCACUGACACUCUGCAGGGAGCAACCCAACGCUUUGCUUCUGUGGAGCGCCGUCUACAUAGAGACACAGAUCUGCACUCACGGUAUGUACAAUUCAUGCAAGAGUAUAUUUCUCUAGGCCACAUGCGCCAAUUGAACCCUGACGAAAUUCUCACCAACGAUGGAAGGGUAUUCUACAUGCCACAUCACCCGGUACUUGGAAAGAAACUACGAGUAGUUUUUGACGGUUCAUUCCAAGAUUCUUCUGGUCAAUCUUUAAACGACACCCUGAACGUUGGGCCGAGCAUUCAACGAAACCUGUUCGAUGUAUGCGUACGCUUUCGCCUACAUAAAUACGUUUUUUCUGCGAACAUCAUCAAGAUGUUCAGGCAAAUUUGGAUCAACAAGCAUCACCGCAACUAUCAACGCAUCGUUUGGAGAGAACAUCCUUCAGCUCCACUUCUACAUUACCAACUCUGCACUGUAACCUAUGGCACUGCGUGUGCACCAUUUCUGGCUGUACGGGUUCUUGAGCAACUGGCCAGAGACUACUAUCAUUUGUAUCCAACUGCUGCGCGCAUUCUUCUUGAAGAUUUCUACGUUGACGACGUUUUAACAGGAGCUGACACCGAGGAAAAGCUUCUACAAUACAAACAAGAACUAAUUCAACUAAUGUCAUAUGCUCAACUCGAGCUUGGAAAAUGGAUUUCCAACAGCAACCGCGUUGUCGACCCUGAGACAACAAUCACAACCAAUACAUCAUACAGUCCACUCGAAACUACGAACAAGGUUUUGGGAAUUCAUUGGCAACCGCACACGGACACAUUGGCAUACAAGGUAUCUUUGCCCAGCGAGGGAAAGAUUACAAAACGGCAAGUUUUAUCAGACGUGUCUCGCAUUUUCGACCCACUUGGAUUGCUGGCUCCAGUGGUUAUUCAAUUCAAAAUCCUGUUCCAAGAACUUUGGGUUCUCAACUUAGACAGGGACAGCCCGCUACCACUCAGCCUGGAAGAUUGGUAUCUCAAAUGCAAGCACGAUAUCAACACGCUCAAUGAACUUGAGGUUCCACGCUACAUUGGCAACUCUACUGACACAAUUGAAUUGCACGCCUGCUCGGACGCAUCUAUAAAAGCCUACGCCGCUGCCGUUUACAGUAGAGUCACUCUCCCUGAUGGUAACAUACAGGUUACUCUUAUUGCUGCAAAGACUCGUGUUGCACCGCUCAAAACACAAUCACUUCCACGCCUGGAAUUGUGCGGCGCACUGCUACUAAGUCGACUCAUCAACUCAGUCAAAGCUGCACUGAAAAACUACAACGUCACUGUUUACGCCUGGUGCGACUCUACCAUUGUUUUGGCUUGGCUCUCGCACAUACCUGCCAAACUAAAGACUUUCGUCGCAAACCGCACUGCCGAAAUCCUCAGCAUCAUUCCACGAGAUCACUGA